AUGAAAAAUAUCGCGAGAUUCGCACGUACCUGCAACGUGUCUGAUAUACGAGCGAUUCGCAGCGAGCUGGUGAUAAGGUUCGCUCGUUGCACGAAACCGUGCUUCUCGAUCCGCGUUUUCGCGGCUGAUUUUCAACGGGGUGUUGAUCCUCUCGAUGCAAGCUGGCCACCUCUGCAGCCUGUGCUAGGCACAUUGUCCACGUGUCGUUACUCCGGUUCUGGUCAGCACGUGGAUUUUAUGCGAUUUUACUCGGGCAAUUACCGCACACCAGCCCAGAAAUCUGUGGUUUUCGUGGUCGAUCGUUAGGACUGGCGGCCACUUGUUCGCGUAAUUAAUUCCCCGUGCAAUUUAUGUUCUUCCUCCGUU